CGCAUGUAUUUCCUCUUGUUAAUAAAAUAACAGUAGGCUACUACAUCACAACAUUAUAGCAUAGCAGGCCUAUGGCUAGAUACAGCAUUAUAUAUUUUUUUUGGCUAUGUGUAAUGGGUGACGAAUAUCAGUGUAGUUCCUUUGUUGCAGAUAAAACCCAUAUUGUUUCAUGAAGAAAAUAGGUAGCUACACUACAUGUGUAUAUGGACACUUGAUCAUCGAACGUCUCAUUCCAAAAUCAUGGGCAUUAAAAUGGAGUUUGUCCCCGCUUUGCUGCUAUAACAACCUCCACUCUUAUGGGAAGGCUUUCCACUAAAUGUUGGAAGAUUGCUGUGAGAACUUGCUUCCAUUCAGCCACAAGAGCAUUAGAGGUCGGGCACUGAUGUUGGGCGAUUAUGCCUGGCUCGCAGUCGGCAUUCCAAUUCAUCCCAAAGAUGUUCGAUGGAGUUGAGGUCAGGGCUCUGUGCAGUCAAGUUCUUCCACACUGAUCUCAAUAAACCAUUUCUGUAUGUAUUAUGUGUGCACGCGGGCAUUGUCAUGCUGAAACAGGAAAGGGCCUUCCCCAAACUUUGCCACAAAGUUGGAGGCACAGAAUCGUCUAGCAUGUCAUUGUAUGCUGUAGCGUUAAGAUUUCCCUUCACUGGAACUAAGGGGCCUAGCCCAAACCAUGAAAUAUAGCCCCAGACCAUUUUUCCUCCUCCACCAAACUUUACAGUUGGCACUGCAUUGGGGCAUGUGGUGUUCUCCUGGCAUCCGCCAAAGCCAGAUUCGUCCGUCGGACUGCCAGAUAGUGAAGCGUGAGUUAUCACUCCAGAGUGAGUUUCCACUACUCCAGAAUCCAAUGUCGGUGAGCUUUACACCACUCCAGCCGAAACUUGGCAUUGCACAUGGUGAUCUUAGGCUUGUGUGCGGCUGCUUGGCCAAGGAAUCCCAUUUCAAGAAGCUCCCGAAAAGUUAUCGUGCUGACGUUGCAUCUAGAGGCAGUUUGGAACUUGGUAGUGAGUGUUGCAACCAAGGACAGACCAUUUUUACAGCUAUUCACUUCAGGACUAGGCUAUCCCGUUCUGUGAGCUUGUGUGGCCUACCACUUCGCGACUGAGUCGUUGUUACUUCUAGACGUUUCCACUUCACCAUAACAGCACUUACAGUUGACCGGGGCAGCUCGAGCAGGGUAGAAAUUUGAGGAACUGACUUGUUGGAAAGGUGGCAUCCUAUGACGGUGCCACGUUGAAAGUCACUGAGCUCUUCAGUAAGGCCAUUCUACUUCCAAUGUUUGGUGAUUGCAUGGCUGUGUACUUGAUUUUAUACACCUGUAAGCAACAGGCGUGGCUGGAAUAGCCAAAUCAACUAAUUUGAAGCGGUGUCCACAUACUUUUGUGUAUAUAGGGUAUGUGUAGAUGGCAUGGUGUUCCUCCAUAUAAUGGUGUUUAGCCUACCUGCAAAUUGAUAGAUGCACAACUUUUACUUUUAAAAACUCAUAGGUAGAAGAGUGGAUGCUGCAGUAGUGCUCAUAUGAAUGGUGAUUUUUAUUUCUUAUUCUUGUUAGCACUGGAAAGCGUGGGCGUCUAAAAGUUCAGUGUUUCGUGCCAGAACUGAGGGGAGAUAGGCAAAAGGCAGGUUAAAGUAGAAGGUAGGCAGUCCAGAUGCCAAACUCCCCUCCAAGGUGUGGUCUUUGUGAUGGCACAACAUGGUCAGCGCAGGAUGAGAAGGUUACACUCUGUUUUAAACAGAUGACCUGCCUGGUAGACCAAACAAGAGCAGCAUCAACAUCAAGACGAACCCUCCCGGUUGACAGCAUGAAUCUUCAGAGCUCAAAGAAUGUGCUGGAUGGAGGUUGGGGAUGGGUCAUUGUUGUGGCCUGCUCCAUGGCCCAGUUCCUGGCCUACGGCUCCCCCCAGUCCGUGGGCGUCCUGUACCCGCAGUGGCUCCACGCCUUCCAGGAGGGGAAAGGCAUGACAGCCUGGGUUGGCUCCCUGGUCUCUGGAGUGGGACUCAUAGCCAGUCCGGUCUGCAGUGCCUGUGUGGAUAACUUUGGGGCGCGCCCUGUGACCAUCUUCAGUGGGGUCAUGGUGGCAGGGGGCCUGAUGCUCAGUGCCUUCGCCCCUAACGUCCAGUUCCUCAUCUUCUCUUACGGGAUCGUCGUCGGUCUUGGCUGCGGUCUUGUCUAUGCUGCCACAUUGACCAUCACCUGUCAGUACUUUGACAAGAGACGUGGCCUCGCCCUCGGCAUAGUCACCACAGGCACAAGUGUGGGAGGGUUCCUCUAUGCCACAGCUCAGAAUGAACUGAUUCUUCUCUUUGACCUGGACGGCUGCCUGCUGAUCAUCGGGGCCUUGGCCCUCAACCUCAUGGCCUGUGCCGGCUUCAUGAGGCCUCUGAACAUGCCUGCCUACUACCUCAAACAAAAGGCUGCUCUGGAGCGCACAGAGGAGCAGCUCUUUGAGAACCCGCCUGCUGACAACCUCAAGACUACACCAGGCAACGGCGAGAGAACCUUGACGGUCAAGGAUCUCCUGAUCAUCAUUGACGCCAAAGACAUCACCACAACUAACAAAAAAGGGGGCUUCAUGGCAGGUUCAGCCAUUGUGAAAAUUAUCAAGGAGAAGCGUCAGGCCUACUCAAAGUACAUGCACUCCACAGCUGACUUCCUGCACGACAGAAACUUCAUGGCCCUUUGCAUCGCCAUCUUCCUGUUCAGCCUGGGAGCCUUCCCUCCAGUCCUCUUCAUGGAGGACGUGGCCCAGAGUGAGGGCCUCAUCGAUGAGGUCAGCAUCAUCCCCUUGGUCUCCAUUGUAGCAGUCACUGCCGGCAUGGGCAAGCUGACCCUGGGCAUACUAGCAGACGUGAGGUGGAUCAACAGUCUGUUCCUGUACGCCUUCACCCUGCUGGGGACUGGGGCGGCCCUUCUGCUCAUCCCAAUCUCCAAGAGCUAUGUAGGCCUGCAGAUCCUCUCAGCUGUGGUGGGCUUCUUCUCUGGGAACUGGUCCCUAACAUCAUACAUCACCACCAAGAUCGUGGGGCUGGACAAACUGACCCAAGCCCAUGGGAUCCUCAUGUUCUUCGGUGGAUUCGGGAUUGUGCUCGGGCCCCCUGUUGUUGGGUGCUUUUUUGACUGGACCCAGUCCUAUGACCUGGCCUUUUACUUCAGUGGAGGCUCUGUGCUCCUGGGUGGGGUCACGCUCUUUCUCUGUGCUCUGCCCUGGUGGGACAAAAAGAAGGCUGAUAUCGACAGGUUCGACAUUCAGUACACCAGCAACUGUGACAAAGUUGCCUCUGUAGCCUGAACACCAACUUUCACAUCAACCUUGCUCUCCAGUGUUCCCAGGAAUUUUUGCUGAUAAAUGUUAUACCCUUCAAGAGGUUGUUGAGAAGUAUUCCUAGUGCCAGAUUUCACAUACCUGAGAAGAGUAUUGAAGUAGAGUAGGCCUUUUCUUUACAUCUUUAGUGUUUUUAAGACUUCUUACAUUAUACUACAGAAUUUUGAAAGAUACCUAUGUUGAACAUUUUAAUUACGGUCUCAUUUUAAGAGGCCUAUUCAACAAAAUGUUUUUUAAACAAAUUAAGCUGUUUUUUUACAUUUCCGGAUCUUUAUUGGGCUCAAAUGGAAAAUACUUGUCUACUUUGCCUGUGAGAAUUUACCAGGUAUUUCCUCAAGGGAAAAAUACAGGGAUUGGAGAGAAAAAAACGAGGGAAUGCACUCUUUUUAAUUCUAACCGAACAAACUGUUUGUUUUUAUCUUACCAAAGCACCAGGUUGGUGGAUGCCUGUCAACACGUUAUGCCUGAUGAAUACAAGCCUUGCUUUUAAAGGAUGGAUAGAUCUUGAUUUUAAAUUCAUUGGCAUUGUGCUGUAUUUUACUUGUACUCUCCAAACGUGUUUGUUUGAGUUCGGGAGGUACUGAACACCUCAUUUUGUCUUGACCUGACGAAGAACUUGCUCAAAAAUAUGCUGUGCAAAUACCAGAGACUGUACCGGAAUAAAGCCCAGUUCCUCUAAUGCAUGCUGGUUCUGUGUGGCAUGACCGGUUUCCUGCAUUUGUUCAGCAGGCUGGUUAAAAUCUUGUUUUUCUGUCUGUGGGUUUUGUUUUUUAAUAGCACUAUAUUUUGUAGUUAUGAUUUUAUAUUUUUAAAGAAUUUAAUGAUUGUGAUUCCCGCUUUGUUAGUCACUUGAACAUCUGAUUUUUGUAUGUAAACUGUACCACAAUAUAUAAUAAUAUUGUUUUAUUCUCAGUCAAGCGUCGUUGUAGAAGUAUUUACAGGGUAUAAAAUACAAAAUAUAUGUGAUCCAAAAAGGCUAGAAACAGUGGAGCUGUCACUUUUUAUAUGAUGUUGAACCACUUUCUUCUUAUUUUUUUAAUGUGUUACAGAUUUAUGUUUGCAAUAUUUCUCUUCUAUUUUGUUAUUUUCAACAAAAGUGCCAAUACAAUUAAAUUCAAUAUUGUGAUUCUG